AUGCUUCGCUCCACCAAGGGCGCCUCCAAGGCGCGGCGGGACCAGAUCAACGCCCAGAUCCGAGCCCUCCGCGACCUGCUGCCCCUGCCCGAGCCCGAGCGGCCUCGCCUCUCCUACCUGCACGUCAUGGCCCUCGCCUGCAUCUACACCCGCAAGGGAGCCUGCCUCCGGCCCGGUGAGGGAGCACCCCUGGAGCUUCUGGGGGGCCCAGAGUUGGCUGACCUGGUGGCUUCCCUGCCUGGCUUCCUGCUGGCUGUCACCCGCGAGGGGAAGCUGGUCGGGGUCACCGACAACGUGGCACAGCACCUGGGACACUCCAUGGUGGAUCUGGUGGCCCAAGGGGACAGCAUCUACGACCUGCUGGACCCUGCCGACCACCCCCUGGUGCGGCACCAGCUGAGCCUGCCCGGCCCCCCCCAGGCAGAGCGCCUCUUCCGCUGCCGCUUCACCACCUCGAGGGCCUCUCGGCGCCCCAGCGCUGGCCGCAAGCUGGUCCUGCUGCGGGGGCGCUUCCAGGCCCCCCCGGGGCCCCCUGGCACCUCCCCAGGCCUCUUCGUGGCCUUCUGUGCCCCCCUGGACCCUCCGCCCUGGCCCUGCCCUGACUGCCUCCUGCUGCCAGCCUUCCAGAGCCGCCACGCCCCCGACCUCGCCCUGCUCGACGUCUCCGACAGUGUCCUGAUCCACCUGGGCUAUGGGCGUGGGGAGCUGCUGGGGCGCUCCUGGUACCGCCUGCUGCACCCCGAGGACCUGGGCCACGUGGCCAGGCAGCACCUGCGGCUGGCAGGCGCCGGGGCGGAGGCUCGCGGGGAGGUGGUGACCAGGCUGCAGCGCAAGGAUGGCCUGGGCUGGACCUGGGUCUAUGCCAGGCUGCGGCCCGAGGGCACUGCCCUGCUGGCACACAACUUCCUCAUCAGGUGA